GGUGUGAUGACGAAGGCACCAAGAUGGCGACCCCCAGUGCCAACAAAGUACAAUCGUUGUAUUCCGAAUUGAAUCGUGCUGGGCAGAAUGGCGACUACCAGAGAGCCUUAAAUGCAUCAAAUAAAAUCUUGAAGGAAUCUAGAAAUGAUGAGACAGCUUUCCAUUGCAAGGUCGUCUGUUUGAUUCAACUGUCUCAGUUCCAGCAAGCAAUCAAAGAAAUUGCAAACCACCCGCCACUUGCAAGUGGACUCAUGUUUGAGAAAGCUUACUGCCAGUACCGUCUGAAUAGAAUACAAGACGCUUUGAACACCAUUCAACUCGUCAGCGACCCCUCUCCCAAGCUGAAGGAACUCAAGGGUCAAGUGUUGUAUCGUUUGGAGCAGUACAAGGAAUGUCUUGAUGUGUACAAGGAUCUCAUUAAGAAUACAUCAGAUGAGUUCGACGAGGAGAGACAGACAAAUCUAUCGGCCGUUGUGGCAUCUCUGCAGUUAUGGCAUCAAAAACCAGUGCCCGAUCUUGGACUGAGAGAUGACACGUUUGAGCUGAACUACAACAAGGCUUGCCUCCUGUUGGGCCAGGGGGAGUAUGCCAAGGCCCUGGAACAGCUGGAUAGAGCUGAGGAGCUUUGUAAAGAAGGAUUAGAAGAUGAAGCGGAGAUGACGGCAGAUGAGAUUGAAGCAGAGCUUGGCGUUAUCCACGUGCAACGAGCCUACAUUCUCCAGCUACUCGGCAGAGCUGAUGAUGCCAUGAAGAUUUAUAACCAGCUGGUGAAAUCACGACCCUCUGACAUUGGCCUGAUGGCAGUUGCCUCCAACAACAUCGUCAGUCUGAACAAGGACCAGAAUGUGUUUGACUCCAAGAAGAAGAUCAAAGCCACAGCUUCGGACGGCCUUCGUCAUAAGCUGACUGGGAAGCAACAGGCAGCUGUGGCAUAUAAUCACUGUAUCCUCAUGCUGUAUACAAACCAGUAUGACCUGUGCAGAAAGCAGCUGCAGCAGUUGCGUACAUCGUAUCCGGACAGUGAUAUACCAUGCUUAGUUGAGGCUGCGUUGUACUGCAGGGAGAAGCAAGCUGACAAGGCAGUGAAGAUCAUUCAGGACUACAUUCAGAAAAAGAAGACCGUCUCAUUGCAAGUGCAGCUGUCAUUGGCACAGAUCUACAUGAGUCAAGGCAAUGUGACGGAAGCCUGUAAGGUCCUGAGUAACCUAGGCGCAGACUCCUACAAGCCUGGCAUCGUAUCAACUCUGGUGGCGCUAUACACCAACCUUGAGAACACUGAGGGCGCUAUUGGUGUACUUGACAAGGCUGUCGAGUGGUACAAACGAGAAGGGGGACAGCAGAACGAGCUGAAUACACUCCUUAGAGAGAACACCAACUUCAAGUUGAAACAGGGAAAAUCUCAGGCCGCUGUCAGCAUGCUGGAAGAUCUAAGAAAGAGUAACCCAGAUGAUGUGAGAACUCUAGCCCAACUCAUCUCUGCCUACUCCAAGUUUGAUCCUCAGAGGGCCCAAGAACUGAGCAAAGAGCUGCCCCCAGUGGAGGCCUUUUCGGGCGCGUUAGACGUAGAUGCCCUGGAGACCAUGCCCCUCUCUGUGACAUCACGCCAGAUGAAGAAGACCGGCGGGAAGACGGAGAAGGCAGAGACACCCGAGAGUAAGGAAUCUACGGACGUUGUCAAGAAGAGAAGAAAGCGCAAGAAGAGGCACCUUCCAGCGAACUGUGACCCUACUGCGACCCCUGACCCCGAGCGCUGGCUACCUCAGCGGGAGCGGACUUACUACAAGGGCAAACGGAAAACCAAGAAGGGUGCCAUCGGCAAGGGAACUCAAGGUGCUACGGCUGGCAGCAGUGAAAUGGAUGCCAGUAAGACUACAAGCAGUACGCCAAGCUCCCCUCGAGCCGGCGUGGGACAGCCGUCGGCUCCAACCCCCUCUGUUGCCUCUGGAGCAGGUCCAUCACCACGACAGCAGAAACAACAAGGAGCUAAAAAGAAGCAGAAAAACAAGAAGAAAAGUGGCCAGAAAUGGUGAUUAGCAAAAAGAAAAACAAAUAGCAGCUUAGCUGGAAUUCAUGCUUACCAAUGCUGUUUGCUGGUAAGCGAUUCUGAGCUAUGUUCAGUGCAUUUUAAGGCGGGUAAAGCCUGGUUCAUACUUUCUUCCAAAUGUGAACUUUUAUGUCACAGCACUGUUUUGGCUCGGAUCGUUUCUCAGGAGUUGAGCACAAUUUUCAACUCUGCCGAAUUAUUCGUUGCGAAUUUGUGACUAUAAAACUUGAAGCACAUUCGCAGGAAGCAUGAUCCUGGCUUCAUAUCUGGUUAGCAAAAAUUCUGUGCUAAGCAUGUUUAAGCUUUAAUCUUUGACCAGGACUGAGCUUGUAUCGUGGAGCGUUUGUUGCCUCUGCUUGCCCUACGGGUGUCUACAGACAAUACAACAACAUAAACCAGUCGAAAAGCUUGGGCGAUAUCACGAUAUUAUCGAAUAUCGCGAUAUAAAUUUGGAAACGAUUUCGAUAUCGGAUCGAUUU